GAAGGUUCCAGAAGCCUGAAUUAUGGAGUUGUGUUGGGUGGGAACCCAUCUACCACCAUCACCCUGGCUAGACUGAGGGGUGACCAGAGCAAGAAGGGGACAACACACACUAACACACACACACACACACACACACACACACACACACACACGGGCUUCUGGGACCACCCACCACUGACCAACUCUGUGGAAGGAGAACUACCUUGCUGACCAGAUGUCUCCAUCUGUGACACCUGGCCACCUUGCGAAAGUUGUCAUCAGGCAUGACUAAGCAAUCCCAAGGUCUAGGCAGACAUCACCAGUGGAUUGGAAGUUGGCCCCUCUGCUGUUCUUGCCAAAACGUCUCUGUUUCCUUCAUUGGUUUAUCAUCUGUGGGCCCCGCAGCACUGUGACAAAUACUUCUUGUGAAUCUGCAAAGGCUGGACCACCAAUGACUCAAGAGAAGAAGGCGGAAGACCUUGAGAGAGGCACAGACACCACCUCAGCUGUUCCCAGGCUGUGGAGCACCCACUGUGAUGGAGAAGUGCUCCUGAGGCUGUCCAAACAUGGUCCAGGCCAUGAGACCCCGAUGACCAUCCCUGAGCUGUUCCAGGAAUCUGCUGAGCGAUUCAGCGCUUAUCCGGCCCUAGCCUCAAAGAACGGCAAAAAGUGGGACACGAUGACAUUCAGUCAGUACUAUGAACUGUGUCGAAAGGCAGCCAAGUCUCUGAUCAAGCUCGGCCUGCAGCGCUUCCACUGUGUCGGCAUCCUGGGCUUUAACUCGGUCGAGUGGGUCGUUGCUGCUCUGGGCACUAUCUUGGCUGGGGGCCUCUGUGUUGGUAUUUAUGCCACCAACUCGGCUGAUGCCUGCCAGUACGUCAUCCAGCAGGCCAACGUGAGUAUCUUGAUAGUGGAGAAUGACCAACAGCUGCAGAAAAUCCUGUCGAUUCCACCAGACAAGAUGGAGACCGUGAAAGCCAUUGUGCAGUACAAGCUGCCCUUGAUGGAAAGCAUCACAAACCUGUACUCGUGGCAUGACUUCAUGGAGCUAGGGAACGCCAUCCCAAAUAUCCAGCUGGAUCGGGUCAUCCUGAGCCAGAAGGCCAACCAGUGUGCUGUCAUCCUCUACACCUCUGGGACCACAGGGACCCCCAAAGGCGUGCUGCUGAGCCAUGACAACAUCACAUGGACGGCAGGGGCAAUGGCGCAAGAGAUGGAGAUAAACCGCAUCUCAGGGAAGCAGAAUACAAUAGUCAGCUACCUGCCCCUCAGCCACAUAGCAGCCCAGCUCACAGACAUCUGGAUCCCCAUCAAGAUCGGGGCACUCACUUUCUUUGCUCAACCAGAUGCACUCAGGGGCACCUUGGUGUACACGCUUCAGGAAGUGAAGCCUACAUUUUUCAUGGGGGUGCCACGCAUCUGGGAAAAGAUGCAGGACACCAUCAAGGAAAACGUGGCCAGGUCCUCCCGCCUGAGAAAGAAGGCAUUUGCAUGGGCGAAGAUGCUUGGCUUGAAGGUCAACACCAAGCGGAUGCUGGGGAAGCGAGACAUCCCCAUGAAUUACCGCAUGGCAAAGGCCCUUGUGUUCGCGAAGGUCAGGACCUCCCUGGGCUUAGACAACUGCCAUGCCUUCUUCAGCAGUGCUUCGCCCCUCUCUCAGGAUGUCUCCGAGUUCUUUCUCAGCCUGGACAUCCCCAUUGGUGAGAUCUACGGGAUGAGUGAGUGCUCCGGACCCCACACAGUCUCCAACAAGAGUGUCUACAGAGUUCUGAGCUGUGGCAAGGUCCUAAGUGGCUGUAAGAACAUGCUGUACAACCAGAACAAAGAAGGCGUGGGUGAGGUGUGCAUGUGGGGCCGGCAUGUCUUCAUGGGCUACCUGAACAAGGAGGAGGCCACAUUGGAAGCACUGGAUGAAAAUGGCUGGCUGCACUCUGGGGACAUUGGCCGCCUGGACAGCCACGAUUUCCUUUAUAUCACUGGCCGCAUCAAAGAAAUCCUGAUAACCGCUGGUGGUGAGAAUGUAUCCCCCAUCCCCAUUGAGACCCUGGUAAAGGAGAAGAUCCCCAUUAUCAGCCACGCCAUGCUGGUGGGCGACAAGGCCAAAUUCCUGUGCAUGCUGCUGACGCUGAAGUGUGAAACAGACCGGAAGAGCGGAGAGCCCUUGAACAAGCUGAGCCUGGAGGCCAAAAGCUUUUGCCAGACGCUGGGUAGCCAAGCAACCACUGUGUCGGACAUUUUGAAGAGUCGAGACCCAGUGGUCUACACAGCCAUCCAAUAUGGCAUAGACAUCGUGAAUCAGCAAGCGAUGUCUGACUCACAUAGAAUUCGAAAGUGGAUCAUCUUGGAGAAGGACUUUUCGAUCCAGGGUGGGGAGCUGGGACCGACAUCAAAACUUAAGAGAAAUGUGAUAACCCAGAAAUACAAAGCACAGAUUGAUAGCAUGUACUUGUCAUAAUGACUGUGACAGGAGCGUCUUCCUGUCCUCAUGCCUCCAACAGAUCAGCCUCAUCUCAAUGGAGAACAUCGUCCCCACCAGGAAGCCACACCCCCGCUGCUCUGCUUCCAAAGGAUGCCCACAGUAGAGACAACAAGCCUUCCAGGCGGAGAGUGGAACGACUUCGUGCAGCUGUGACUGGCUCUUCCUCUCCUAGGACUCUGUAUUCGAAAAGAGGUGUGAAGACCCAGAGCCCAAAACACCUUCCUGGGAGCAGCAUGGAAACCCCUCAAAUAAGUAGUCAGGA